GCACCCUCGCUUCCCUCCCACCCCUCGCUGCGGUUCCGGGUGCCGCGUCCCGGCAGCUGCCGGCGGACGCGGGGGUCCGGGCCGCGGCGGAGGUUGUCCGCGGCAGGCGCAGGCCCCGGGGGCGGAGGCCCGGAGGCCGCCGAGCUCGCCGGGGCCGGGGUUGUUUCGGAAGGCGGGAGCGGCGGGGGGCGCGGUGCGGCGCGCCUGACGAGGACCGGCAGCAGCCGCGGCACGGCCGCUCGCGUCCUUGGCGGGCGGACCCCGGGCCGCGCUGGUGCAGCGGCCGAGGGCGGGCCCGCCCCGUUGGGCCGUUGCGGCAGCCCCGGGGGUGCUGUCCCCGCCGCCCCGGGGGGCGGCCGCCGCUCCCCGCUGCUCCCCGGGGCCUCGGGGAGCGCGAUCUCCCCGGCGGCCGGGACACAGGCCCGGGCUGCGGGAGAAAGCCGGUCACCGUCCGUCCCCGAGGAGCAAGGAGGAGAGGCGGGGCGCCCGGCUGUAGGGAAAGGGAGCCUUGCGUGGGUGUGGAAAUCAAAGCCAGCUCACCUGGGCAAAAGAGGAGCUGGAGGUGAUCCCUCAGCCCAGGCCUUAACAAGAGGCAGUGAUGCUGAGGCGCAUCUCCCCCCUCACGGGGUCUGUAAGAUGCCCUUAGGGGUGUCAGAAUGGCUCGCGUACCUGGAGGAGGCUCCUCAACACCUUGCACAAAACUUUGAAAUAGAAUUGACUUCUGACAAUUCCGUUUUUGUACCUUAUAUUGGAGGGGUUUUAAUUCUUCCCUUUUUAUUGGUACCACUCAUUAAGCAUGAAAGCAGGAACUUUGCUGAAGAGCUUAGCUGCUCUGCCUCUCUGUUUGCUCCCUGAAGUGCCCGUCUUCUGUUUGUGACGUACAGCUGGCAGAUACGGCAAUAGAUGUGAUGUCACAAACUGAAGAUUAUAGCUUCAGAGUCUUGACCUGUAUCACUGCAUGUGUGUUUCGGUUACAAGACUUCUGAGAGAAAAGGCACAAGCCAGACUGACCCCACUAAAGGUUCACAGAAGGUUCAUCAGUCAUGGCACGAAGGGCCUUGAAACUUGCCUCAUUGGCAGCGGCUGCUUCUGGCAUCUAUCUGUACGGAAGCAAGUUCCUGGAUCCCAAUGAUUUUGGAGUUGUUCGUGUUGGCCGAGCCAUUGCCACAACAGCAGUUAUCACCUAUGAUUACCUCACCUCUCUUCGGAGCGUCCCAUAUGGAUCAGAGGAGUAUGACUUCCUCAAAUCACAGGUGCACCUGCGCUCUGCUGAGCGCCUCCGGGAGCUGUGCUGCGCCAACCGAGGCACCUUCAUCAAGGUGGGACAGCACCUGGGAGCACUUGACUACCUUCUGCCCGAGGAGUACACCCGCACCCUCAAAGUGCUGCACAGCCAGGCCCCGCAGAGCACCAGGCAGGAGAUUGAGCAAGUUAUCCGUGAGGAUCUGGGCAAAGAGAUAAAAGAGCUCUUCCUGAGUUUUGAGGACACUCCCUUGGGAGCAGCAUCACUAGCCCAGGUGCACAAGGCAGUGCUGCAGGAUGGGAGAACGGUGGCAGUGAAAAUCCAGCACCCAAAGGUCCAAGCUCAGAGCUCCAAGGAUAUUUUGCUCAUGGAGGUUCUCCUCUUGGUUGUGAAGCAGAUCUUUCCAGAUUUUGAGUUCAUGUGGCUGGUGGAAGAAGCUAAGAAGAAUCUGCCGUUGGAGCUGGAUUUCCUCAAUGAAGGCAGGAAUGCUGAGAAGGUUGCUCAUAUGCUGAAGAACUUUGACUUCCUGAAGGUCCCCAGGAUCUACUGGGAGCUCUCAACAAGACGCGUCCUUCUCAUGGAGUUUAUGGAAGGGGGACAGGUGAAUGACAGGGCCUACAUGGAGAGGAAUGGCAUCAAUGUCAAUGAGAUCUCUCGUAACCUGGGAAAGCUCUACAGUGAAAUGAUCUUUGUGAAUGGCUUUGUGCACUGUGACCCACACCCAGGCAACGUGCUGGUGAAGAAGUGCCCAGCCUCUGGGAAGGCUCACAUCAUCCUCCUGGACCAUGGGCUCUACCAGGUGCUGAGUGAGUCGUUCCGCAUGGACUACUGCCGCCUUUGGCAGGCCCUCAUCAAGGCUGAUAUGAAGAGGGUGCAGAAGUACAGCCGGCGGCUCGGGGCAGGGGAUUUGUACCCUCUCUUCGCCUGCAUGCUGACCGCCAGAUCCUGGGAGUCUGUCAACAGGGGCAUCGACCGGUCGCCCGUCUCAGCCAGUGAGGAUGUGGAGAUCCGGUCCAACGCUGCUGCUUACCUACCCCAGAUCACCCAGCUUCUCAACAAUGUCCCCCGCCAGAUGCUGCUGCUGCUGAAGACCAAUGACUUGUUAAGGGGGAUUGAGUCAGCCCUGCACACGCGAGCCAGUGCCAGCUCCUUCCUCAACAUGUCUCGCUGCUGCAUCAGAGCUGUUUCCACGUACCAGAGGAGCAAGAGUCACUCGCUUUACAGGAGGGCCCAGAUCUCACUCACAGAAGCCCUGAGCCUGUGGCAGAUCAACUUGUAUGAACUCUUCCUGUGGCUGAAGGGGUCUCAGAUGGGGAACUGGGUCGUUGCUCUCCUGAGCUGGAUGCACCAUUCCACAUACUGACAUGAACUGGUGGGAGAGGCCCGGGUGCUCCCUCUGUCCCUUCUCUCCAUGGCACAUUUGCCUUUCUGACUGUUUCUGUCUAUUCUGUGGGCUAUUUUUGGGUCUUGUUCCACAUUACACGCUGUACUGUCCUUGCCUGUUACAGCAUUAGCUUUCUCUGUGUCACUGUGAGGUGGAGUCGGUACCAGAGCUCUACUGUUUCAUGGUUUAGGAGGAGGAGGUGUGGGAUACUCUGUGUCACAAAGGGCAGGGUACUUUCUUUCCCCGUCUGAGCAGGGGAAAUCCCACUCAGAUUCCAGUGGAACUGCACUGAAAGCAAAAGCCUCUCCUUGGCUUUUUCUUAAACAAUCUUACAGAAUUUAAGAGAAUCCCAGCCCUGCCUAGAAUGCCCCAAAACAUUUCUCAGCCCCUCAGAGAGAGGUGGUAUGCCCCUUUAAAAUUCAAUAGGGUUUAUAUUAGUUUUCACAAUCUCCUUAGUCUGAUUUCUGUUCAGGUGUGCAGAUAGUUUCUCAGAGGAGUGAGACCUUGUGGAGAGCUGGCAUGAGGGCUUCCUCUCCCAGCACCAGGGACAGGGAACCCAAAUGGUGAGAGUGGUAGACAGGGAGUUGGGCUUUCUGAGGUUCGUCUCCAGACCUGUCAGCAAGUGCCUCUGUGUUUUUGGACUUUUCUUGGCCUGUUUCCUUGCAGGUGAAAUGGAGAAAGGGGACAGUGGUCCUGCCUCUCCGAAAUUCAGGGAAGGCAGGAGUGACAGCUCAGGGCUCUGAAACUGCUGGUAAUGUAUGUGUUUUGUACAGUACUGCCACACAGCAAAAUAAAUGUGUCGUAUCAAAGACCUUUGGGGGAGGCAUGCCUGCCUAUGCACUCAGGGUGAUGUUUGGGCCUCUGACCUCAGUCCUCUUUCCACUUCUCCACUGAGUGAGUGAUGCCAGGCAGCACUAUUAAAUCCUUGCAAGCCAAA